GUAGCACUUAUAUACGGGGGAUAUAAAUACGAUCAUAAACUAAUAGAGUAUUAGUAACUUUUCUUCUUUUUUUUUCCUUUAACGAAACAUGACUUCCAAUGUUCGCUAUGUUGCCGUUGUUGGCAGCGGCGUCAUCGGCGCCAGCUGGACUCUUCUCUUCCUGAACAAGGGCCUCAGAGUUGUCAUGUCUGACCCUGCCAAAGGCGCUGAAGAAAUCUUUAGGAAGUACAUCAUAGAUGAGAAGACAAAGGAGGGUCGUGUGUCCGAACUGGGGAGCUUUUGGGAGAGAUUCGAAUUUGUCGACGAUAUCACCACCAAGUUGCCCGAAGUCGACUUUGUGCAAGAGAACGGUCCUGAGCGACUUGAACUGAAGCAAUCCAUUAUCGCUUCUAUUGAUGAGCACACAAGGCCAGAUGUUAUCAUCGCAUCCUCCUCCUCCGGAUUGCCUCCUUCCUCGUUCGUCACAACAUGUCAGAAGAACCCCGGUCGCGUGAUGGUCGGCCAUCCUUUCAAUCCACCGCAUAUCAUCCCCCUCGUUGAGGUUGUACCGCAUCCAGGAUGCUCCGAGGCCUCUAUAGUGGCUGCCCUCGAAUUCUACCGUUCACUCGGCAAGCGUCCCAUCCGACUGCACAAAGAGGUCCCUGGCUUCGUUGCCAAUCGUCUACAGGCCGCCAUUAAUAAUGAGGCGUAUAGUCUGAUCACUCGAGGUAUUGUCUCCGCGAGCGACCUUGACGCUGCUGUUUCUAGCGGCCCAGGUCUUAGAUGGGCUCUCAUGGGCCCCAUCGCCACCAAUACCCUUGGUGGAGGAGGUGGUGCCGAUGGCUUUGGGCAGAGGCUCGAGCGGUUGGGUCCAUCGAUUCGGGAUUGGGAGCAAGAUAUCUUGCGUAACCGUUUCGCAUGGGAUGAGACGGAUCUGGCGAAGCUGAGGGAUGAAGUGAACAACUCGUUCGGAGGAACCGACUGGGCUGAGAUCGUACGCGAGAGAGAUGAAGCUCUGCUGAAGCUCCUUGAGGCCAAGGAAUCAAGAAAGACUCUAAUCUAAAUUAUCUCAUCUAAGAUAC